AGUUUCAUUCAUAUUCUUCUGCAAACAAUAUCGCGUUAGGUUAAUAUAAUAAAUUAUCUCAUUAGAAUAUCAAGUUAUUAAAAGAGUUAUCAAAUAAAUUAUUGCCUAUAACAGAAAGUUUGUGUUAAUGUUCAGAACAAUUUGAUAUUUUAAGAUUAGAGAGAGUGAAAAGAAAAAUUUUCAUAGGUUUUCAGAACUUUAAGAAAAAAAAAGACAAAGAAAUAUGAAAAUUAAUGCUUUCUUACGCUGCAAUUAGGUUCGAAAGCACUAAACUAUCAAUAAUUCUCCUAUAAUCAUUCAUAACUUUACCAUAAGAUUUUAAUUAAUCGAUAGAAAACAAAAUGGUUCGAGGUCGUAAGCCUCGCGCUCAGAAGAGUUCUUCUAAUGGAGCAUCAGCAACACCAACAAAGAAGGUCACAACUUCAAAUCUCCUUGUCAGCACGCUCUUCAAUGAUGAUGAUAAUCAAACUUUUAACAGUCCAAAAAGAAAAGAAACAAAAAUCGACGGCGUGUUGAUGGAAAAUGGAGCAGGAAAAUCAAAAGAAGGUUCAAAAGCGAAACCUUUCCGACCUGCAACACGUUCAACGCGCAAGAUUAACGAAUACUUUGCACGUUUACCAGCCAAUGGCAUUAUUCGUGUUCAAAAUGGACACAAUUCACAUUCUGAUGAUAGCUGCGACUCGCUAGAUGAUCAACCAUCGACGGAAAAUGAUCCGCCAUCAAGUCUGGAAGUCACUCAAUCGAAACAACUUAAAAUGACAAAUGGUCCGGUUCUACUGCCAGAAGCUCAAGCCGCCAACAAUCUUUUUCUUCAGGAGCCCGUUUUAAAGCUCCAGUUUGAUAAAAAUGAAGCUGUGACAAAUGGUGCGGCGAUCAAAACUUCUUUCCUAUCAACUGAAAUCACCGGAAAAUUUCAAACUCUCCCGCCGACGGAAUACAUCAACAAAGUACUGAAUGUCAAUGGAUCUCACGAUGAUGACGUCGUCAACAAGGAUAAGGCUACUUUUCUUCUCAAUUCCGAUAGCAAUUCAAGUGACUCAGGCGUCGUGAUAGGCGAUGAAUUUAUGAAGUCGCCAGUACAAUUACCAACUGCACGACGACGAAAACCUGUCACACCUCAUCGUAUGAUUCUUUGUCCAUCACCAGUUAAAAGUUCAUCUACAACAUCAAAGAUUACAGCUGAACUUAUCAAAGCAUCGAGGACGAAAAGUCGUGCAAAAGUCAAACUCGAAAUUCCAUCGAAUGACGACGAGAAAAACACAAAUGUGAUUCAUCAGGAUCAUGAUUACGAUGGUAACAAGAUCCAGCCUCAGGCUGAAAAGCCAUUCAAAGCACCAUCAGCGCCAGCUGAAAAGAAUAAAAAAGUUACUGAAUUCUUCACUGUUCGUCGGAGUGUUAGAAAGACCAAGAAAGAAGUUCAAGAAGAACGAAUGAAGAAUAUUGAACGAGCGAUAAAAGAGGGUCGUGAGGAAGGACUCGAGGUUCGUGUAUUUGAUAAUAAAGGUCGAGGCAUUGUAACAACUCGAUCAUUCCAACGCGGUGAAUUUGUGAUCGAAUACAUUGGUGAUCUCAUCUCAAUGUCAGAAGCCAAUGAACGAGAAGUGAUGUACGCUACUGAUGACAACACGGGUUGCUACAUGUAUUAUUUUAAACAUAAUGACCAACAAUAUUGCAUUGACGCAACAGAGGAAACCGGUAAAUUAGGACGUUUAGUUAACCAUUCGCGAAACGGAAAUUUAAUGACGAAAACUGUAAUGGUUGGGAAUCGUCCACAUCUCGUGCUUAUAGCAAAAGAAGAUCUCUCUGAAGGCGUUGAGCUCACAUAUGAUUAUGGUGAUCGCUCAAAAGAAGCUCUUCAGCAUCAUCCAUGGCUUGCACUAUGAAGUCUGAAUUUUUCUAAUCUUGAAAUCUUUCUCCCAGCUGAAAUCACUGCUAACGAUUAAACUUUCUUUACUUGCUUUCCUCUACGUUACAAAGUGUUAUUAGUUGUCACUUUUUUUAGAUAAUUAAAUAGUUUUUCUUAGAAAAUAUUUGAGCUAAGGUCGUAGAGAGGUUGGCUCUUCAUUUCCCUAUAAGUUUCACAUAAGAAGAGCUUCAAGACUUAACAAAAAAAGAUUUAGAGUAGAAGUUGCUAAUUCCGGCUGGUUUUAAUACCGUUUUUUUCGGUAUCUUAAAACCGUCUUUGGAUUUUUCAUGUGAAAAUAAGAAAAUGUUUUCAACUUUUAUCUUUACAUCUAGGCUUUAAAUUUAGUAUAAAGCCU